UAAAUGCAGUAGUCUUUAAGUGCAAUUGGCAGACUGCAUAGAUUUCUACUUUCCUCACAAAAUGGUGGAUUGCAUAUUUAUAUUUACAAGAAUUCUGUUCAUCUCCUGCUGUUUUCUGACUAUACAUUGUGCACAACCCAACUGUACAUCUGUGACUGACUUUGAUGAUUGUCCAGGGAAUAUAACAGAUUUCUGUCCAGAGAAUAUUGUUUGUGCAUGCAAAGAUGGAGAGCCUUUUUGCAAAUGUCCAAACUUCAGAGGCCGGUGGGGAAACUAUUGGUUCAUGGGAGCUAAGUGUGACCAGCUCUGGAAUACCCUGGAUCUGAUUUUAGUAGCAACAUUGCCUGGAAUAGGAUUGGCUUUAAUAGUUGGUGUGACAAUCCAGACAAUCCACUACUGUAAAAAGAAAUCAAAGAAGAAUUUAGAUAAUAACCGAGAACAGAAGAGUUUGUCUGGACUUCGACCUCAGCAUAAUUCUGCAUAUGCUUUCGAAACUAAUUUGAGGCCUCCUCAACCUGAUCAAGACCAGGCUAGGGUUAGGAAUCAGCUGGACUUCAUCAAAGAUGGUCACUAUCAGAUGGAAGGAAAGGGGAUUGAUGUUCCAUAUCCUCUCUCUAUGGAAAGAAGAUGGCAGACAUCUGACUCCAGAUCCAAGAAUCCUUGGAGCUUAUCCCAUCAGGGGGUGCUUCCUGGAAGUCCUGUAUCUCCAUCAUCACAGUUCUCCGGAAGAAAUUAUAACUUUAAGAUUCAUGAGCCCAAAGAGGACAAUCAUUACAACUAUCCAUCUCAUAAUUGGGAUGACUCUCAGGGACCAGCUAAACCUGAAGCAGUUUAUGGGAACAAAUACUCUUCAAACAUGCACAUGAAGCCACUCUUUGAUUUUUCUACACCAGGAGUUCCAAAAUCAAGCUACAUUCAAAAAGAGAGACAACACAUUGGUUAUUCAAGUUCUGAAGAGCCAGGAAUUCCUUAUAGAAUAGGACGUGUGCAGAUGAAACCCAACUAUUAAGUUCCCUGUAGAGAAAAAUAUAUAUGUACAAUAAGAUACAUGAUCAUCUGAUCAUUUUUAAAGUAUUCUUGUAACACCUUAAGAAAACAUUAUGAUUUAUCUGUGCUCUAAAUACUUUACUUUUCUUUCUGCAUCAGUGUUUCCCUUUAUAUCUUGAACAUUUCCUACCUGUCCUCUGUUCACAGAGGAAAAAUUUCAUCUCCAAUAUCCAACUUUAAUAACUUACCUGUUAUAGCAGAUCCAUGUUACCUCCAAAAUUUGACAUAAUAUUUGUUUACUGAUUCAUGAUAUGUAACUUUGUAAAGUGCUCAGUGAGAUGCAUAAUAUAUUGAUUGCAAAUUACAAAAAAUACUGAGUACUUUUGUAAAUUACAGUUAUGGAAGAAAUCUCAAGAACUGCAUCAAAGCUUCAGUAUACAACGAAUGAAUUAUAUUUGAAAUAUGCAAUUUGAUUAUAAAUUAAUUCCUGAAAAAUAAAAUAAGAAUGGAUAAAUGA